AUGACAUCUGACAACAAAAUGCACGCCAUCGCAGUCACCGAAUAUGGCCCAAUCACAAACCUGCAAUCCAUUUCCGUCCCCAAACCUCCCUCUCCCCAAGGCCACGACAUCCUCGUCCGCCUCCGCGCCUGCUCCGUCAACCCCGUCGACACAAAAGUCCGCGCCGGCACCUACGACGACUACCCAGACUACUUUUCACGCACGCCUGCACUCCCGCAAAUCCUCGGUUUCGACGGCGCCGGCACGAUCGAAAGCGUCGGAUCUUCCGUCCAGAAUUUCAAACCCGGCGACGAAGUCUACUACGCCGGUUCCCCAAUCCGUCAAGGUAGCAAUGCAGAGUACCAACUAGUCGAUUCGCGAGCCGUGGCGCUCAAGCCAAAGAGUUUGGAUUGGGGAGAAGCUGCUGCUAUGCCGUUGACGUGGAUAACGGCUUACGAGGCACUAGUCGAGCGGAUGGAGAUACGAAAGGGUGAAAAGGCUGGUAUCUUGAUCAUUAACGGCGCGGGAGGUGUGGGCAGUGUGGCGAGUCAGAUUGCACGGAGGGUACUCGACUUACCCGUUGUAGUCACCACGGCGUCUAGAGAAGAGACAGUCGCUUUCUCAAAAGAUGUAGGAGGGGCUACGCAUACGAUUAACCACCACAACGACCUCGCGGAAGAAGUUGAGAAGUUGAAGCUGGAUGUACCGAUCAAAUACAUUUUCAUCACGCACACACCUACAUCCGGCUAUCUCGCCCCCGCCGCCAAGAUCUGCGCUCCCUUCGGAAAAGUUUGCUCUAUUGUCCAAGACAAAGAGAUGCCCAUGUACGGCACGGAGUUCAUGGCAAAGAGUCUGACGUUUGUGUGGGCGUUGCUGGGGACGAAACCGUAUUAUGGUGUUGAUGUGGAGAGUCAUGGGAGGAUUUUGAAGGAGUUGGCGGGGUUUCUGGAUCAGGGCGUUGUGAGGUGUCAUUGUAAGCAGAGGUUGAGGAUGGAUGAGGAAGGGAUAAGAGAUGCGCAUGGGAUUAUUGAGGGGGGGAAAGCUGUGGGAAAGGUUGUACUUGAGUUUGAGUAG